AAAGGUUGAAAAUGACCUAUAGAAAUGACUCAGUUAGUAAGGAUACAGAAACGCGUUUGGAAACUAAGACUCAGUCGUGCGAAGAUGAAAAGUAUGACUGGAGUGCAGUCUGGGAAAGUGUACAAGUGGGAGGUUGUGCAGGGAGUUGGGAACCUUGCGGCCCCUGUGGAGGAGUAGUUCACAAAGUGUCUGAUGAGAUACUUCAGAAAGAAGCAGAGUCCCGAUUGGCUGAUGACCCGACUUAUGUGGAUCCCAAAACUGGGUAUAUGGUUCUCACUGCAAAGUAUUUGGCGUCAAAAGGUACUUGUUGUGGCAACAGGUGCAGACACUGGUGAGACUAUGUUGAGAAUUUGAUUCCAUGGCUAGUUGAAACUGAAGUCUAAUAGUCCUUUUGGUCAUAGAAAUGUGAGGAAGCGUAGUUAGACUUUUCAAUGA